AUGCCACAGAAGAAAACCACGCGCGUGCUUCAGCGGGGAAAGCGGAACGUACCGGGUGCAGGCGAUUCCGGGCUACAAGGGGAGCACGUGGCUAGCGGCAGCACGAGUGGCCACAAAAGGAAGCGCCUGUCGUCUGGGGGUUCCAGCUCUGCCGUCUCGGAGUCCAGUGGCAGCAGUGCCCAAAAGAAACCCAAGCUCUCGAAAGGUGUUGGGAACUCCGGUGGGGAGGCAAAGUGCUCAGAUGUUCCUGCACAUCAAGGAACGCGAACACACAGUGCCCCCCAAGGCCGAAGUAAAGGUCCCACCACAGUUCAAAGGAGUGAGCCCCUAGGGGAUCGCUCGCCUCGCUACUAUUUUCGGAGUAUCAGACCCACUGCAAAUAAGCCACAAGAAGCAAGAUCAUGCAAGCCCGAGAGCAACACCACGAGCACGCAUCUACAAGAAAAGCGGAAUGUACCGGCCGCAGCCAAUUCAGAGCAAAGACUCGAACAGAUGGCUAACAGCAGCAGGUGUGCGGGAAAGAGGAAGCGCGUGCCGUCUCCGAGUUCAACGAGCGCUUCAGUCUGCUCUCGGAACGAGAAACGACCCAAGCCGCCUCCGUCGACCUCUCGGGACCCUCGGACCACCACGGGCCCGAAGGAAUCGCCGAAACCGCUUAGCCGUGCCGAGAAACGAGCCCUCGCCGAGCAGGCGGUUUGCCGUGCAAAUUAUAAGCGUUUUAUGAAAGAAGUGUAUCCGGAACUCGUAAAAGCAAAAAGCCCGUGGGCCUGGUCAGGAAUUUCCACCACUCCAGAUGGCCCAAAAUCCUCGCAGCGCUCUCACACGCCCGGGAAGCGCCCACUCUCGGAGACCGCCGAGGCUAGGCUCGGCAGGCCCAGCGCUCGUCCCGAAGGGGCACCUGUGGGAAAGAGAAGCUACUGGUACGUGCCUAAAGCACUGAAAGAUUACAAACCUGACGAGAAACCUCGUGAGACGCGAAGGUACAAGUAUCGAACGCCGGAUCCCUCAUCAGUGGACGACUCUCCCAUCGGAACUGUUAAACAACCCACGUACAAUUUCUGGCAGAAUUCGGGGAGAUCUUGGAAAAGAAGCACUCGGCCUGGGCCAGAGCUUUUGAUGGAGAGUGACGGAGUGGAGGCUGCUGUCAACAGUCUGAAGGCUGCGGCCGCAAAAGGUUCAGAGACGAGCUCCCCAAAGGCUCAGAGUCCCAGGGUCUGCAAGCUGCUCGAAAGGCGCGGCGAGGAACCCCCUAUGCCACCCAAAGGACACCUUUCGCCGCAAGUUCCAGUCCGCGCGCCUGGACCCGUCACUGUCCUGUUGAAAAGCUGUUCGGGCGAGCUCAUUCCUGUCAAAGGAACCCUGGCUGUAUCCGUGCGGCUUGGCAGCCAGAAGUGCGACGAUCUGCUGCACGUCGUCUAG